ACUGCCAAUCUUUGCUUUGCUUUGAGGUUAUUUUUACGCGCGGCGCGUAGAAGUGUAAAUAAAGUUACCUUUUAAUACCUAUUUCUAAUAUAAAAAUGCGUUUUGCAAUCAAACAAGCUACCUCAGGUGGUGAACGUAUCGGUACUUUAACGGGAUUUUUGAAAUCGCCUAGCACCGUACUUGAAACUCCAACAACAGCUUUACUGACUCAGGGUGGCAGCGUGCUGCAUAUGACAGCUGAAGUACUAUCCAAAGUGUUUACAACCCCACAACUGUUAUGGGUGCCCAUAUCAAACUCUCUGCAAAUGGAGCCAGGCCUGCGAGCCCAAGGAGAGGGGGUUGCCAAGUUUACUGGUCUACCAGACCAUUUUGCUUGUGUCACACCACAUAACAUGAGUGAGGUAACCCCUUCAGGACAUUUUGAAUUAAACAAAGUACCUCUUUGGACGAAGAAUGGAAAGAAAAUGGUUACUGCUGAGAGAUAUAUGGAUUUGAUGGAAGUUUACAAACCAGACAUAAUUUUGGCGAUUGCAGAUUGCCGUACGUCGCUUAACGAGGGGUACAAGAGAAUAUUGAAAUCUGUGGACAGAACCUGUAAUCUGAUGGAUAUCUGUGUGUAUCGAUAUAAGGCCUCAAAGCAGCUUCGAAAUAGUGCCCUCAUAGGUGUAGUAGUAGCUACUGGUGUACCAAAGAAAUGUCAGGAGUCAAUAAAACAUUUGCUGCAGUACAAAGACGACCUGACUGGUGUAGCUUUAGCAGGAGUUACCGAUGGAACGGAAGAAUCCAUGAAGUUAGCAACAGGAAAGAUUGAAAGAAUUUUUAAAACUGUUGGUGACGCACUGCCAAAGCAUUUGUUACGCAUAGUAGAAGGUUGCUGGAAUCCAGCAAUCAUAAUGUCGGCUAUAGAACACGGCUGGGACGUGUUCGAUGGCUCAUAUCCCACUAAACUGAGCAACGCGGGCCAUGCAUUGACGCUCAACUUCGAUACGAAUCGAUAUAGUGCUCAACCGUGCAUCUUAGAUCUCAAUGACGAAAGGUAUAAGGAAGAUUUUACGCCAGUAUUACAAGGAUGCGAAUGUUUGACUUGUAAGAAACACACGCGGGCGUAUAUACGCCAUCUUUUGAAUACUAGGGAGAUGCUUUCGUCAGUUUUAUUGAGCAUCCACAAUCUCCAUCAUUUCGACCAGCUAUUCCGGCACGCCCGCCAGCAUAUUGCAGCAAACACAUUCCAAAUAUACAAGCAACAUAUUACCAAACAGUAUGAAACUCUUAAACUACCUCAAACUACCAAUGGAGUCGACGAGCUAAAAGAUUCCGAUGUUAUAGACGGAACAGACCAUGUAAAGAAGAGACUGCGAGUGAGUGACGAUGAAAUUCCUACUAUUAAAGUAGCUAAUGGUAGAAUUUCGUAGAAUAAUGUUACUGUACUGUAAAAUCGAAUUUAGUUGUAGAAUGUACAAUGUAGUACCAUCAAGUAGCUUUUGUGUACCGUGUUUUUUAUCACUGGCAAAAUAAGAGUUGAAUCUGAAAUUAAAAAAAAAAAUACGAAGGAUGUUUGAGUAUAUUGAUCAUAUAA